UUACAUGAAGAAUGUUGGCCCAACACCAACUGAAAUCACGAAGACCUACCGCCAUAAUUAAUUUUCCUCGUGCAUAUAAAAAAUUGCAAACGCAGGUUUUCUCCCUAUAAAUUGCAAUUUUGUACAAUAUACAUUAAGUAGGGUUUAAUUUAGGUCUCUAAAAACGAGGAACCAACACACAUCAUUUCUGCGACGUGAAAUGAAGCAAAAGAUUGUGAUGCAUGUGCCCAUGCACAGUGACAAGGCUAAGUCAAAGGCCAUGAAGAUCGCUGUGGCUAUACCAGGAGUGACGUCAGUGAACAUCGGAGCAGAAAAUGACCGGCUUGAGGUGACCGGAGAAGGGGUAGAUUCAGUGUGUUUGGCCAACUCUCUCAGAAAAAAGUUUUGUUUUGCUGAUAUCAUAAGUGUAAAUGAUGUUAAACCACCAGUUAAACCGGUCAAACCGGUUUCACCGCCUUGGAAACCAACUCCCUUCCCGUACUGCCCGUCGGUUUAUUAUGAAUGCCGGCCGGUAUACGAUUCCCCUCCUAAUUGCUCUAUAUUUUGAUUCACUAGAUUUUGAUUUUUCUAGCUUGUUUUUAUAUUUUAAGAGUUAUCAUAUGAUCAUAUAUAAAUGCUGCUACAUAUACUUCAUCUUUAUUGAGGGUAAUUCCAUCAUUUAAUUUGGAGUUGUUUAACAAGUCUACUCUUUGAUACUCAGUAUUGGGAAAUUUCUUUGUUUGCAAAUGCAAUUCACUAUCUGAU